AUGCACACGCAACUGGCCCUGGUGUUGGUGUAUGCAUUGAUUCAUGUAGGAGCAAUUACCGCACGUGAUACGAAACUGCAUGGCUGCAUGGACACGUGUGGAAACGUUUCAAUUCCAUAUCCAUUCGGUGUAGGCACUUCUGAAACAGGUGAGAACUGUUUCUUUGAACAGAGAUUGAAUCUAACGUGCCAAGACAACAUUUUGUAUUGGGGUGUUGAUUUGCAAGUUCUAGAAAUAUCCCUGAAAGGCCAAAUGGACCUCUUGUUUUUUGUGUCCAAACUUUGCAAUGAUACCCCAAAUGGAGUGGCCAAUAAACCCUGUCUCAUAAGUCCCAUUUUCACCAUUUCUAGCAAAGAAAACAAGUUCAUUAAUGUUGGCUGCGAGACUUUUGGCUAUCUCAACAGCUUCUACAAUGGCGUGGGAUACUCAACAGGGUGCUUAACAAGAUGCACCAAGUUCCCUGAUAUUGCAACCAAUGGACACUGUUCGGGGAUAGGGUGUUGCGAAGUGAAUGUUCCUCCCAGCAUGAAGAAUAUAACCAUUGAAUCAUUUAGGUUCCGGUCUUCAAACUUCCAAAGCUGUAGCCAUUCCUUCGUUGCCAAACAUGGGUCCUACAACUUUGAUAUCAAUCAUAUAGUGAAGCUUCCCUUUGACAGGAUGCCUAUGGUUGUUGAUUGGAGUGUUGGAGAUAAGGGAUGCGAGUUCGUAAGGAAUGGUUCAGUCAAAAGUGCGUGCAUGAAGAAUAGCCACUGUCAUGACAUUGACAUCAGUCAUGGAUACCAAUGCAGAUGCAAAACAGGUUAUGAUGGAAAUCCUUAUCAUCCCAAUGGUUGCCAAGAUAUUGAUGAAUGUAAGACAAAAAGACAUACAUGCAUCAGUGAAAAUCACUGUCUCAACACCGAUGGGUCUUACGAAUGCUUUUGUCCUCCCGGACAAGUUGGAGAUGGAAAAUUCGAAGAAGGAUGCAGGCCAAUCCAGCGGCAGAAUUCUCCAUCCAAGUUUGCUAUUGGUAACAACUAA